CCAUCCCCAGUGAACUCUAAUCUCUAUCCCCUCAGCAAUGGCCAACGUGACGCCCCUAACCGCCUUCCCGCUCCGCGUCCGCGGCCACCUCCUUCACCGCCGCCGCGGCCGCCUCCACGCCAAGCAGCACCCGCGUCCCCCGCGCCGCCUAACACGCACCGCGCGGCUACACUGUGCGCCGGACGGUGGCGGCGCCGAGGUUUCGGCCCCUCCGGCUUCCCCACCCGUCGAGGAGGAAGCGCCGCAAGAGCGGCCGGAGGACUUCAUUCUCCUGGCUGCCAACCGCAGCGACUUCAACGAGAUCAUCAUGGUCAUCGACUCGCCCGUCGCCCGGUACCUCGUCCUCGACCACCACAGGAAUAUCCACAGCAUUCUCCCCAAGGCAACUGUUUGGACCAACUCGUACUGGGAUGAGUUUGUGAGCCUGCCAGCUAUUGUUCCACGGGGUCCUGUUGCACUUCUAGGGUUGGGUGCUGGGACUGCAGCACAUCUGAUGCUAAAGUUUUGGCCUUGGUUACAACUUAUUGGCUGGGAGAUCGAUCCUAUGAUAAUUGAAUUGUCAAGGGAUUAUUUUGGUAUGUCUGAUUUAGAGAAGGCCACAGAAUCAGGUGGUUCACUUUCGGUUCACAUUGGUGACGCACUUUCUCCAUCAGCUACAGUUGGAGGAGGAUUUGCUGGAAUUGUUGUAGAUUUGUUUUGUGAUGGAAAGAUCAUACCUCAGCUACAAGAAGCCGAAACUUGGUUGCAAAUUGCAAAAAAGCUAAUGCCAGAUGGUCGAAUCAUGGUAAAUUGUGGAGGAGACACUGAAGAAUCUCUUUCAUCAUAUUGGGUUCAAAAUCCUACAAUUAAAGCACUAUGUUCCGCUUUUCCUGGACAGCUAAGCUGGAAGAGACUAUCAGAGAAAGAGAGUGUAAACUAUGUUGCCCUGACAGGACCUAUUCCAGACCUGGACGAGUGGUCUGCUUCGGUUCCUAGUGAGCUAAGCACAAAAGUGAAACAAUGGGUGCCAUGCGAGCUUGCGUGAUGGAAGGGCAUUUUCUUUUCUUCUAGUUGCACCAAAUUUGCCUCAGCAACUUGUCCAUGACCUCUGUGGCCUUCUCCAAUCUUCAUGCCCCUUCAAUUUCUGGUGAGUAAGUUCACCGUCGGUGGGUGCCAUCCACAGUGCUUCAUUUCUGGAUCUACUGGCGGGCUAUGCAGCAAUCCGGCACACUGAAAAUCUUGUCGCUCUCGUCUCUUUUUACUUUACUUCAAGGUUUGUUUGUGGCAUCUGCAUCGGAACAUUGAGUUUUGUUACUGAACCCUUGAGUGCAAGUACAACAGAGGUAACCAAGGGCAAACAGUCUCCCUAGUUGAUGACAGAAUCUGAAUCUUGAUAGUAGCUUAAAACAACCCUAAUUCUUUUAGUUGGAGAGAGGAAAGUGCUUGUAAAAGACAGAAUUUUGCAGCAAGAAGAUUGGCGCCCAUACUGCAAAACACUUUUUUUGGUCA